AUGGGGUCGAUGUCUGGAGGAAACACCUAUGGGCUUAAAAAGAAAAGCUCACUUGAAAAGAUGAAUCCAGCUUAAAAAGAGGAACACAUCAAGUGGGUGCUUAGAGAACUUGAAAAUCAUCAACUUAUGGCUUCAAAACUCAUUCAUCAUCAAAUCUUGUCAAAGUCAGAUUAUGAUUAUAGCAAGCGCGAGGUAUUCCUAAUAAGAGACAUAGUCAGCACUAAGAAAAGAGUACUGGUUGACAAAUUCCUUGAACUUUGCAAGUAGCAUUUCCAGGAUGAAGUUGAAGAGAGUAAUAUUCAGAUCGAGUUGACUUGUGGAUAUACCAAGGGUGAUGAUUUUGAUGGAAUCAAGUGCAUUCGACAAACACAUAAUGGAUCGUUUAUUGAAAAUGAAGAUAGUAUGGUAGAGAUAAAUGCAAGUCACGACAAAUUCAAAGGAAAGAUUUUGAUAGUGAAUUUUGUUGAUUGUGUAGAUUAUAUGAAAAUCUACAGUGAUGCCUCAAGAUCUGAGGAAAUUAUUGAGCACAUUUAAAUGGAGGGAGUAGUAGAGAUCACAGUAAUUGUCUGGACAUUUGAUUAGCAACAAAACGGAGUUGUGGUUAAUCUACCAUUCAAGCCGCAUUAAUAUAUGGUCAAGCUGGAAUUAGAAUCAGAAGUCAGUGACUAGUUUCAACUACAAUAGCUUCCAAAGCAGAUGAUCAUCAAUUCUAAUCAAGUCAUCUACUUCAUAGGUCAGCCAUUUGCGAGAGAUGUACUUGUAAAGCAUAUGUUUUAUCUUUAAUAAUACGAGAGAAUCAUCUAUGAUGAGGUGAAAAACUUUAUUAUGGUUAAGUGCAAUAUCAAUGAACUCUAAAGAGUAAGAGUGUUAGAAUACAUGAAGAACAUUAAUGCUUCAUUUACAGAUAAUUUGAAGUUUGCUAUCUCAUGGCGAGUUGAUUUUGCUGAGAGAAUAUCCUACAGUGUGAAGGGUGAUGCUAAACGUAGCUUCUAUUGUGACAUGUUCCUCAUUUCAUUAGAAGAAAAUGCUGACGAGCUUAAGCCAGUUAUUGAAACAUUAUAAACGCUGUCCAAUGGGUGGAUGAAAAUGGAUCUCUAUCAGACUUUAGUACCAAGGCAUAAGAUAAUUAAAGAAGAUAUGGCUGUGUAAAAACCUUAUUUGUGCAAGAAAUGCGGUGAUGACUUGGAAAAGCAGACAUAGUAUCUUUGCCUGUAAUGUCCAGAGGCCCCAGUUGUCUUCUAUUGCGAGCCAUGUGCUACUUACAACCUUUACUAUUAUAUUGAGUAUCACAAUCAGUAUCAGCGGGAAAGACUGAUUCAUCAUAAUCAUUCCAUGAUUAUUCAUCGAUAUUUGGAAUCUCAUGAAUCAGGGGAUAAGUCAUUUGCUCUUGAGGAUUAAGAAAUCCUAUUUUAAACAAUUAAGAACAACCUAAAUGAAAUGUAUAGUGAGGGCUAGCGAGCAAUCACUGAAGGUGACUACAAGGAGUUGGAUGUGUUGAAAGCAGAUCAGACAUGUGAUGUUUGCGAGAAUAACACGAAAGCUAUGCGAUUUGUUUGCUUAAACUGCAGAUGCUUAUCUCUCUGCCAGCAGUGCUAUGAAGUGUAAGUAGACAAUAUAUAGAACUUAGAUGCCGAUGAGGGCAGCUCUGUGAUUAGAGAGCAUAAAGAUGACCAUAUAUUUAUAAGAGUGUUCGAUUUCUAGGAUCUGGAUAUCAGAUUUUGA